AUGGCUCACCCACUGACUUGGCCAGGAAAAUAUUUCUUCUAUGGCAUAGGAAAUACCUCUGCCGUCUGUCUGACGAGAGACCUAGCGCCUGAAGAGCCCGCAAAUAUCCUUCUUCUUGGAUGUGGAGACCCACGGAACGUGUUGUAUACGAUCUUCUGCGAAGCCGAUGACAGUCCUCGACUGCUAGACUUCACUUGCUGCGAUGUGGAACCUGCCGUGUUAGCUCGUAAUAUCCUUCUCCUCACCAUGGUCGCCGACGAUAAGUCACCCUCCACCAUCAUCUGGAACAUUUUCUUCCACCUGUACCUCGACGACAAGUCACACACGACGUUAGUGGAACAAUGCAAAAAGCUCAUAGAUCUCUCCGACUCUAUGCAGAGCUGGAGAAGCUCUCCAUAUGGCCACUAUGUCAAGAUGUGUACGGAAUACACCCUCAAGGAGCUUCGACGCCACUGGCAGCUCUACAGCGACAUGCACACGCUACCCAGCAAGCGCCAAAAAUCCAUCCGCGAGGCAUUUUCCACGCUGUCAAAAUCGUGCGUACAAAAGGUCAUCGCGAACGCCGCUCGCUCCGCCGGCCCCACCAUGAUGCUUGCAGUCCCGACAGUCGCGACUCAGGCGAAGUCGUACUGGACGUCCGGAACUACCUUCUCGGACCAGAGACAGAUUGCUGCUGCGAAAAUCCCGAACCCUACCAUGGCAUAUUCGUUAGCGGGGGAGGGAUGUCACGUUCAUUAUGGGACGGACCCCAUGUGUCCUUUUCAUCUUGCUCCUGUUUUUGGGAACAAGAGCGGUACCGUCUCCGGAAGUGACCUCGUCAAGGCAGCCAAAAGCCAAUUCUCUGCCUGGUGCACCUCUUUCAAAUCGUCUGUCCUCUCCACGAGGACCCCUCACCCUGUCGUGCGCUUUAUCGUUGGCGAAUCGAUGGCUGUGUGUCGAUCGUUGCGAGCCUUCUCAGAGACGGGCUCCGUCGCACCACGCAUUCCUGUGGCACAAUGGAAGACGCAGUUGUUGGUACUUAGCAAGGAUGAUCUAUGUCUGUCGUCUGGGGAAGCAACGUUCAACGUCAUAGACACGUCGAAUCUUGUUGACUACAUCGGUUUGCUCAACAUAAUCAUCUCGGCAGCGCCCCUCCUCGCAAAAGAUGGCCCUAGUGUUAUGUACACCGAAUCCCUGCUAGCCAAGGAAAAGGACGCGACCAAAGAGUUUGCCAACAGUUUAUACGCUGAUCUCACUACCGUCGGCCUUCUCGUCGGUCUCUGCCCGGUGGACUACGUAUCAGGAUUUACUUCCCGAUCCAACACGCAUGAGCUGAUGACCUACGAUACCGUGAAGAAAGACACACCUCAGUUCCACCAAGUUACAACCUGGCGAUCACCUACUCUCGAUCUCUCGCCAAGGGAUCCCAGGGCGGACUCCCUCCCUCCUAUCUUUGAUUCUUUGCAGCUCGGUACAUUCAUAUACGACACUUACCAUCGUCUUUUCGAGCAAGAGGAUUCUCUGACCUUUCAGCGCAUGAACCAACACAAUAUACUCAAAGCUAUCGGCGCGUCAGCCAUCGUGCAUUACACUCGCGAGAGCUUUGUCUUGCUCUUGAAGCUCAUUCGAGAUCGCCUUCAAAUAUCUAGAGAGCAUUGGAUGGAGGUCAUGGACCGGUUCUUCCUCCUGCAUGAAGCAGACAACUCCAUGCCCAUGGACGCCAAUAAUUUCAAUGAUCUCUGCGUUCAUCUGCACCUCAACGGCAUCCACACCACCGAUCAAUACCGUCGCCCUCCUCAACGGAUCGGACGGUUCGCGAAGUGGGAUAAUAUCCCUCCAGUAGUCCGUGUCAUCCUCGUCGUACCUCGAGAGCGAGUCAAUUCUUUCAAUGAAGAUGUGAAACCUGUGCCGACACCCCCUCUAUUUUGCGACGUCUUGGGAAAGUUCAGCCACAAUAUCUUCAAUGGUGUCCACGUCGCCUUUGGACGGGUCAUUCCAAUGGGUACCGAGGCCCGUCCUUGGGCGACGUUCGAAGAAGACCCCGCCGGAUGGCAAGGCACGUCUUCCCUCGUCGUGUCAUUCACGAUGACUUCCGCCCUCUUGACCGACAUCGAACCGCCCGAAAACUUAUCGGUGUCUCUUUCGGUGCGAAGCACCGUCGCGACCGCGAUGCUUGUUCAGAAGCUAGGAAUUGCUUUGAACGUCUUCUCAGCGAAGCUCAUGGACAGAUCAAACGUCCACGUUCUUCCUGAACAGCCCCUUCCGACCAAGUCUUCACAUGUGCCAGCAUCACCCUCUGCGGCUCUUGCGCCAGAGGCCAUCGCGGCCACUCAACUCGGCAGGUGCGGAGCUAUCACAGUCGAGAUGGACGAGGAUUGCGAGCUUAAUAUACCGCAGAUAACUCAGGCGUCCCCAUCCGUCAUGAGAGUGACCCUUGGCGCGCUCUUCCAGGACCUGCUUUAUCCAUUUCCCGUCAUCGGUGGCAAGUACAGAGUUAGGAUCGCCAGGACGUCUCUCUAUAUCGAGGUGAUCGUUCCCGUAUUCGGACCAUUCAAACCUGAGGGCAUGAAACUCUUGCCCUUCCCCGCAGUGAGAUCGGGAACCACUUUCAUACCCACGAACAUUCAUCGCGUCGACCUCGCUCACGCUCCUCCUGUCGACUUGAAAUCAAAGCACCUCGACAAAUGGCUAGGCCCUCAUAUUGGCUCCCAAAUGUCGACGCGCGAGCGUUCCCUACGCAAGAAAGAAAAACACGAGAACGAUACUCUGAUGGCCAUCAAAGACACCCUGCAUACCCUGUUCGUUCGCUCUGCGGGCAUCCAGGGUGGCACCGCGCAGCGUGUCUUCGCUCUUCGCGACGAAGUCACCGGCAACUGCGACACGCUUUUCUUUGUCAAUGGCCUCAAAUACGAUCUCCCUGCCCAUACCAUAGUCUGCGAUGCAUUUGUGCUUCCGCUUUUCCAUGAGCUGAUGGGCAGGAUCGCUCAACCCUUCGGCAAAGUGGUCACCCAGAAACUCGAGAACGUGAAGACAUAUAAAGGAGAAAUAAAUGCGUGGAAGCAGCUGUUGCCCGCCUUUGUCGAGCGAGCCCGUACCUCUUGGACACAUAGCGACAAUUGCGAAUACAGGUCCACGGGCAGCAUCCCACUAUCUACCGACAUGGAGCAGGACCCUCUCUGCAGCUGCGGACGAGGGAAGGAUGUCGAAGGAAUGAUGAAGGUAGAUUUGUGGCGACCGUUGGCGCCACACGUUACAAGGGUGGCACUUUCGCCGUUAUUCGCGGUUUCGUACCUCGAGACGGUUCUUCGUGAUCCUGAGGCUCGCAAGUGCUUCGUGUGUAGAGGGAAGGGAAAGCCGAAGUUGAUGACGUGUAAAGGAUGCAAGAAGGUCAGGUAUUGUUCGGAUGCGUGCCAGAAGCGCGAUUGGAAGGUGCAUAAGAAACGGUGCAAGGCGUAG